GCUACAUGUAAGUUCACUGUCAUAUUAACUUCCACUCUACAAAGACUGAGAUAACCACUUUGUGAUAUCAUUAAUGAACUAGACAAGUUCGUGUUUCCAUUGCCAUUUUUUAAGUAACUUGUGCUCAGCAUGGCGAGAAAAAUUACUACAAGAAAUACUUAAGUCUCUCAAAUAUUUGAUCCAUACUGAACCAGAAAUACACAGAGUACGUUUAACUGCUUUGUUUUCUUGUGUCGGCCGAAUAAAGAGAGGCCAUGUGUAAAGUAUGUGUCGGCCACUUUUAGCCAAAAGUUUGUAAAUUUUGUGUAUAAAUAGAGGAGCUUUCCUCAUAAAUAAAACACACCUUCAUCCUUACAUCUCUCAUCUUUCUGAAUAUUCUCUUUACGCUUCCAUCCCCUCCAUUGGUAUCAGAGCUAGUUAAUUAAAUAACUAUGGAAAACAAAUCAACUAUGACAGAUGAUCUACAAGAACAGACUAUUUAUCAAGACAGAGUUACACAGCCAGGACAAGAUAAUGUUAUGGAAAACAUACUCAAAACCCUAACUACACUUUGUACAAAAGUGGACAGUAUGGGAUUGAGAAUUCAAAAGCUAGAAGAAAAGGAAGAAUCUACAAGUCAGCAGCAUGACUCUAAAAAUGUGGAGCUACGUCGUUCGGCAGACGGUAAAAAGCCAGAACUAGAAGGAGACGUUGGGAAACUCGAUAAAACCCAUGACAAUGUUUGUUUAAAUGCAGCUACAGCAAGCACAUCUACAACAAAAGGAGCUAGUGGAAUAAGAUAUACAAAUUUAAAUAUGAACAAAAUCUUCGAUAAACCAUUUAUUCCAAAGAACCAAAAAGACUCAUUAUUUAUACCACCGCAAAUACAUACUUACUCAGAAAGUUUAAACCAAGAUAAAAAAGCCUACAACCACAUAACCCGCUCAUAUAUUGAAAACCUUUAUAAAAUCCAAAAUUAUUUAAACUCAACACCUAGAUCUCCAACUACCAAAAACCCUAACACUGAUUUUAUAACCCAAAAGCUACAAGGAUAUAAUAAGUUAAUAGCACAACCGGGCACCAAUGCAAAUCUAGUAAAAACAUGUUAUAGUUAUGGAUUACUUAAUACAGUUUAUACCCAAACAGGAGAUGAAAUAUCUACCAUACCAGAGCUAUACAAAGCCUUUAUGAACUAUAAAAGAAUUACUAAAGGAACAUUGUUUUAUAUAAAGUUUUAUUCAGCACCAGCAGAGAUAUUAUUUGAUGAGAUAAAACCAAUUAUACAAGUUAUAAAAAUUGGUUUGACCAGAGAUAUGAUAAUUCCAGAAGAUAUCGGAAUACAACAAGAAAUACAAAAGAUUGAGAUACCAGAAUUCUACGCCAACAAAAGAGUUAUAGGAAUAGCAACUAUCCUAAAUGAACUAACUAACAAUUAUUUAAACGGAAACUCAGUAUGGAGCUAUUAUGUACGAGAGCAAGUUAUGAUAUAUUCAAAUUCUAAAGAAACCAGAGAACAAGAUAUGGAAGAGAUACGCCAAUGGAUACUUAGUCUACUCAAGCCAGAGCAAAAACCAACAACAAGAGCAUUAAGGAAAGGGUUUAUUUCGGAAGAAUUAUUGACCAGAUAUUGCAAAAUUAUUGGACAAAAAUACCCCGACCAUAUAUGUUCAAAAUGUCAAGGAGAAGAUAAUGUCAUACCAGACGUACAAAUCGAAUAAGUAAAAAAAAAA